AUGGCUUUCGCGAGGCUUACCGGGCAAACCGGGUUCCUUGCACGCGCAGCGGGGGUAGCAAGUGACUCAUCGAGUUACGUGCUCAAGACUCGCUUGCGAGUCGCCCCGAUGAAAUUCCCGUCUCGCACCGUCCCCUUUUCGACCUCCACCACCCUCCAAUGUGCCAAUCACAACAGCAGUGCAGACACGCCCAGCGCGAACACCCCCAAUGCCAAGACUCACACUGACGAUGGGGAACCCCUAGAUCGGUACGCAACAGCGCUGCGCAACAACAAGGAGUGGGCAGCUCAGACCGCGCGCGAGUUCCCCGAUCUCUUCCCAACCCUUGCGACCGGUCAAACUCCCCAGAUUCUGUGGAUUGGAUGUUCCGACUCUCGUUGCCCCGAGACCACUUUCUUGGGCCUGAAGCCCGGCGAUGUGUUCGUGCACCGCAACAUCGCCAACGUCCUUCACCCUGGUGAUCUCAGUUCGGCCGCCGCCAUCGAAUAUGCCGUGCAGUACCUGCGUGUGCAGCACGUCAUUGUGUGUGGACACACUGCUUGCGGUGGUGUCGCGGCCGCCAUGGGCAACAAGAACCUCGGAAUCUUGGAUCCCUGGCUGUUGCCCCUCCGUCAGCUGCGCGAGCGCAACCUCGAGCUGCUGCAGACCCUGUCUCCCGAAGAGGCUGCCAUGAAGCUGGCCGAGCUGAAUGUCCGCGAGGGAUUGAACAUUGUCAAGCAGAAGGGUGUUGUUCUGAACGCCAUUCAGGAGCGUGGACUCCAGCUCCACGGACUGAUUUACGACGUUGGUUCCGGCGUUCUCAGCGAGCUGGACACGGAGGAUUCGGAGGAGGUGAUCAGGGCUCGUUUGACCGCUUUCAAGACCGAGUAA